GGAAUAAAGACACCUGCCAUGAGGCGCUGGAGAGCCGUAGGUGGAGGGGAUAUCCAGGGGGGCGCGGGCAGGCAAACCGCAAGGGCGCUUCCCCGGGCACGGGAACGUCCUCACACGGCCACUGCCCGUCCGGAGCGGGCGAGUUUCCGAGCAGGGAGGCGAAUCGCUGCGGCCGGCUGCUUCGGGCCGCCGCUCCCAGCGGAAGGAGCCGGCGGGGGGCGCGGCGGGGGAGGGACGGCAGCACCUGCCGGGCCCAGCGGCCGAGCUGCCCAGCCCCGCGCCCUCCUUCCCUGCGCCCGCCCCAGUGCUCAUGCGCCCGCCGGAGGUUUAAAGCGGGAGCGGUGGCUGCCGCGGGCUGUUCGGCUCGGCGGCGGUGCGGGGCAGGGCACGCUGCGGUGACCCGGCCGGCACGCCGCUCUCCUGGGCUCAGCUCCGCGCUGCCCUCGGUGCGGGCGCGCCCCGCCGCCAUGUGGCUCUCGGCCCUGCUCCUCGGCGCCUUCCUGCUCUCCGGCCCGGUGCGCGGCAGCGACGGCUCGGCUUCUACUGCUAUCACCUGCUUUACAAGAGGACUUGACCUUAGAAGGGGGACAGAAGAUGUCCUUUGCCCAGCAAACUGUCCUCUGUGGCAAUUUUAUGUCUUUGGGGAUGGAGUUUAUGCCUCUCUUUCGAGUGUCUGUGGAGCUGCCAUACACAGUGGGGUGAUUACCAACACAGGAGGAGCUGUAAGGGUACAGACUCUCCCAGGACAGGAACACUACCCUGCUGUAAAUGCUAAUGGGAUCCAGUCUCAGGUGCUCUCUAAAUGGGCUUCGUCUUUCUCAGUGACUGGUGCCAAGAACACAGCACUCGAAGCAGUUGGACGGUCGGUGUCAACAGCCCGUCCUUCCACAGGUAAAAGACCUAAGAAGACUCUUGAUAAAAAGGCUGGAAACAAAGACUGUAAAGCUGAUAUUGCCUUUCUCAUUGAUGGAAGCUACAACAUUGGCCAACGUAGGUUUAACUUGCAGAAAAACUUUGUUGGAAAAGUAGCUGUCAUGUUGGGAAUUGGAACAGAAGGGCCUCAUGUUGGGGUCGUACAGGCCAGUGAAUAUCCAAAAAUUGAAUUCUAUCUGAAAAACUUUACUGCUACAAAAGAAGUUUUGUUUGCCAUAAAGGAAUUAGGCUUCAGAGGAGGAAAUUCCAAUACAGGCAAAGCUUUGAAGUACACAGCUCAGAAAUUCUUCUCUUUGGAAAAUGGAGCACGGAAGGGAAUUCCCAAGAUCAUUGUAGUGUUUCUGGAUGGCUGGCCCUCAGAUGAUCUAGAAGAAGCCGGCAUACUGGCCAGAGAAUUUGGAGUCAACGUGUUCAUUGUGUCUGUAGCAAAACCCACAACAGAGGAGCUGGGAAUGGUACAAGACAUUGGCUUUAUUGACAAAGCUGUCUGUCGAAACAACGGCUUCUUCUCUUACCAAAUGCCCAGCUGGUUUGGUACUACCAAAUAUGUAAAACCUCUUGUCCAAAAGCUGUGCUCACACGAGCAGAUGUUGUGCAGCAAGACUUGCUACAACUCGGUCAACAUCGGUUUCCUGAUAGACGGUUCCAGCAGCAUUGGAGAGAGCAACUUCCGCCUCGUGCUUGAGUUCGUGAGCAACGUGGCAAAGGCUUUUGAGAUCUCUGACAUCGGCUCCAAGGUGGCGGCCGUGCAGUUCACCUACAGCCAGAGAACCGAGUUCGGCUUCACCGACUACGUCACCAAGGAGAAGGUGCUGUCGGCCAUCCGCAGCAUCCAGUACAUGAGCGGCGGCACCGCCACUGGCGAUGCCAUCUCCUUCACAACCAGGAAUGUGUUUGGGCCGGUGAAAGAUGGACCUAACAAGAAUUUCCUCAUUGUCCUGACUGACGGUCAGUCUUACGAUGAUGUUAGAGGACCUGCUGCAGCUGCACAAAAAGCAGGAAUAACAGUCUUCUCUGUUGGUGUUGCCUGGGCACCUCUGGAUGAUCUGAAAGACAUGGCUUCUGAACCAAGAGAAUCUCAUACUUUCUUCACCAGGGAGUUCACAGGAUUGGAGCAGAUGGUUCCUGAUAUUAUUAGAGGCAUCUGUAAAGACUUUUUGGACUCUAAACAAUAAAAAAUCUGCUGUUCACUAUUACUAUUUCAAACUAAAAAUCAUGACAUUGAAAUGGUCCCUCUAAAGUACAGAUGUUUUAUUCUUAUAUAUAGAAUAUAUAUAAGAGGAAGAAGAAGGGCUACUUUUUGUUUCUGUAAUCAGCCAAAGAUUCUUGUGAGCUUGUUAGAAGUUGUACUUGAUCCUGAAGUGCAGAAUUUGGCCCACGGUUAAUAUUUUCAACAAGCAUAUAGCAUCCUGAUGUUCAAAGCUUUGCAUAUGGUGCCCUUAAGAAUAGCAGGUACUCAGAGGAAAUAAUACAUUUCUGACACUUGCUAGAUACCUUCUUCGGAGUUAAAAAAAUAUAAUUUUAAAUACAAGGUACUACCUUCUAUAAGCUUUCUGUAGCUUACAAUUCUGCAUCUUUUCAAAGAGUUCUCUGAUAACACAAAGUACUUUCAGUGCUCCUCUUGUGCGACAUCCAUUAUUGCCAGGCAGCUUAAGAAAAGAUAUGUCAGAUUGUAGCUAAAAGAGUCUAUUUUUGCUAGCUGGGGUUUUGCUGGAUCUGGUUGGCCAAUUUUACAUCAAAAUUGGUAAAUUUUAUGCCCACAGCUUUCUGUGGAUCUAUUUGGUUGGUUCUGUUGGCACAGAAUUUUAAAUGUAUUUAGGGCACAGUAGUUCCUGGAGAAUCUGGAUCCUAAUAUAUUAGCUACUACUGCUGCUUUCUGCACCACUGAAGUCAACAGCGAUAUUCCAAAUAUAGCUGACAACUGGAUAUUUCCUGUCUGCUGCCUUGUACUGUCUUGAUUUGACAAAGUUGUUAUUGGCCAGAGAGUUAGAGACAGGACUCUUGGGCCAAGAGAUAAAAUGAGACCACACAGUGGGAACUGAAAGCAUUCAAAUUCAAGGCCAGAGGUAUCUCAAACCUUUAAAUCAGAUUUCAUGGUCAGAAAAGAAGAGAGUAGGCAGACACAUUAUGUUGGAUUUAGUAGUUCAGAAAAUAACACCUUCAUCAUGGUAGUAAAAACAUCUUUAUAGAUGUGCGAGUGCUGAAGAUAAAGAAUAGUUUUCUUGAAAAAGGCUUUCAUUUGAUUACACACCUAGUAAUGUUGAUAUAUUUAUAUGCACACAUAUGUGGCUAAAAUGACGUGAUAUUCACCAAGUUAUUCCAGAGUCCUGGUGUGAAUAACAUACUCCAAGUAUUCUUUAGAAAAUAAAGGGGGCUUGCAAAUAAAAUGUAUAGUAGAAAACAAAACAGCACUUUCCCUAUCAGUCUGGGGUUUCCCUUUUUUCCUCUCCCCCAAUAUUGAUUGUAAAAUUUCUAGUAGUUAUGGAGUGGCACAGAAAGGAUUGUAUUCAUUGGGCUUUUGCUGUGCACUUUUUAAUAACUUAUAACUGGCUAUAUAUUACUCUGAACAUAAAUGGCAAAGAUGCCUUGUAUUUUUCUAGCAAUUGUUAUCCUUAAUUUUGUUACGUGUUUAUAAGUAAGAGUAUUAAGCUUUUGCUGUAUAAAUUCAUAUGCUAUAUCAACUUUGUGCAAAAAUUCAAUUAAUUUAGUUUAUAAACUUUUUAUAGAAAUACAUAUUGCAAGAAAACUGGGA